AGCCCCCAAUCCGGAUCCUCGUACCUGACUAUCGCCGGGUACCUGAGCCAGAAUAAUAUCAUCACUGAUCAGAGUAUCCACGCUGGUUGGUGAAUCCGGAUUGUCCCCCACACUGGCUCGGGUGGAAUAUCCGAAUGGGCGGUUUCAGUUUCAUUUGUUCCUGGUCUGGGGUUCUUGGGUCCUCGUCUCUCUCUAGACACUCCGAUCGGAGAUGAUCCCAUCGAGUCAACGAGCACAGAUGCGUCAUGAGCAAAUUGGCCACUCUCGAUCCCGCUAGCCAAGUUAAUCUCUCGCCGGUUCGCCCGUUGAAGGGCCCGACGAUGCUGCAGGAACGCGCCGGUUGCAGUGUGAAACAACCCCGACCUGCAUGGGCCAGGGGAUCGCUCGACGAGCUUGCUGUUUUGGGCGUCGCCUGCGUCCAUGCAUCAUGUACUCUGUACGAUGAUCGAAUUUUUUUUUUUUCCUCCAUCCCUCGCUUGAGAGGGGGCCGGUCUGCUCGGCGCUCACGAAUCCGGAACUUAUCGAGGACAUGUGGCUGGUCGAGCGCAAGUGCUUGGUCUGCGUUGGAUGCAGGUGCGAGUGCGUCUUCACCAUGCGGCGUCGACUCGAGCUGGCUGGCAAACUAUGCGUGCUCCCAUCCGUACAGUGCAUGGUGCAGGUGCAUCUACCCAGCGCAUUCGGGGUCUUCUUUUCCAAUUGGUCGAUUGCCGACCAGCCUGCGAUAUUCGUCCCUCUGCACUGCUGCACAAUCCCACAUCCACAUCCACGUACGGACGAUAUGCCGUUUUAACUUUGUCCACCGUGUUAAAUAUAGCCCUACUGCGUCCACUACGUUGCCAGCCUGCCGAUAACGCAAUGUGAUACGCUCUGUCCCCCGUCCGUGCUUAGCUUCCAUGCAAUGUAUCACC